GCCUUCCUAGCAGCUCUCCUACUGCAAAAUAUUACGCGCAUCCGGCCUGGACACUAUCACCAGGACUAGGCGACGAAGACUUGGUGCUCUGCAAAGUCCACGCCCAUCCUCUCCGGCGAGCGCGGCGGCGAGGGCGCGCGCGAAUCGAGAUCCGGGGCAGGCCGACCCGCGCCGGCGAGAUGGACAUCGUGGUGGGCGCCCUCUCGGGCAUGGUGGACGCGCUGCCGGGGAAGCUAGGCGAGCUGCUGGAGCAGGAGUACGCGCUGCUCGCCGGCGUCCGCGACGACGUCCGCUUCCUCCAGACCGAGCUCGGCAGCAUGCGCGCCGCCAUCCGCCACUGCGAGUCCCUCGAUCACCACGACGCCCAGACCACGGGGUGGGUCGGCAAGGUCCGCGAGGUCGCCUACGACAUCGAGGACUGGGUUGACCUCUUCGCCGUCCGCGUCGACGGCGGCGCCCCGCCCGCCACCGGGGUCCGCGCCUGGUUCCGCCGCGUCUGGGAUAAGUUCACGGCGCUCCCGGCCCGCCACACAAUCGCCGGCGAGCUCCAGGGCCUCAAGGAGCGCGUCCUUGAGAUCAGCGACCAGCGGAAGCGCUACAGCCUAGGCGGGAUGGUUGGCACCCCCGCGCAAGCUCCCCUUGAUCCCCGGCUGUCUGCGCUCUUCGUCGACACCAACAGCCUCGUCGGCUUCGGCGAGAAAGUGGAGGAUGUGUCCAGGCUUGUCAUGGAUGCCGGCAGGACUGAGCUGAAAAUCGUCUCCAUUGUGGGGAUGGCCGGAUCCGGGAAGACGACGCUCGCCAAUGCAGUGUACCGGCGUCUUCAAGCGCAGACGCAGGACAACUUCAAUUGCUCCGCUUUCGUCUCCAUCGGACCCAAGCUGGACAUGGUCAGUAAGACAGUCAGAAAUAUGCUCUCACAAUUCGGUGACCGGCACCGAGGUGGCCAGGACAUUAACCAACUCAUUACGAGUGUCAGAGAAAUACUGACGAAUAAGAGGUACCUCAUUGUGGUUGAUGAUCUAUGGAGCAGCGAACAAUGGGCAACAAUUAAGUGUUGUUUUCCGGAGAACGGUCUUGGUAGUAGGAUAAUCACCACAACAAGGAAUGGCGCAUUGCCAACAGAUGGUUAUUCCUGUCCAAGCAAAUUUGUUCACGAGAUCAGCCCCCUCAGUGACACGGACGCCAAGCAAUUGUUUCUGAAGAAAGCUUUCAGCAAUGGGAAUGUUUGUCCUCCACAUCUGGAGGACGUUUUUAAUCAGGUUAUGAGAAGAUGUUGUGGUCUGCCACUUGCUGUAGUUACCGUAGCUGCCAAAUUAGCACACAAGCACUCAAGAGACGAAUGGGAGAAGCUUGGUUUGAACCUUCUAUACAGUUCUCAUUCAGAUGGAUCAGAUGGGCUGAAGCAAAUACUCAAUCUUAGCUUCAACGAUCUACAGCCACAUCUCAGGACAUGUUUGCUGUACCUAAGCAUAUUUCCUGAGAACUCUGAGGUUGACACAGAGCGCCUCGUGAGGCGAUGGAUUGCUGAAGGAUUCAUAGCUGAAGGACGCAACAUAAGUGCUCAGGAAACAGCACUGGGCUACCUCAAUGAGCUCAUUGUCAGAAACUUGGUACAACCAUUGGAUCUGAACCAUGACGAUGCCCCAAGGCGUUGCAGAGUUCACCCAGUGAUACAUGAUUUCAUUGUUUGCAAGUCCAUGGAAGAGAACUUUGCCACUCUGAUGGAUUCUCAACAUGUCCCAAACAACGGCACCACUGUCCGCCGGCUCUCUUUGAAGAACAGUAGCAAGAAACAUCAACCUGCAGCACGAAAUGAGUCUACGGACUUAUCUCAUGCUCGCUCAAUCACCGUCUUUGGCCAUGCCAGUGCCGCGCCUAGCCUGAAUGAUCUAAAAGUGGUGCGUGUGCUGGAUCUAGAAGGAUGUGAUGGUCCAGUAUGCUUGGACGGCCUAUGCAAGCUGGUGCUGCUGAGGUACCUGAGCCUCAAAGGUACUGACGCCAGUGAGCUCCCGCCAGCAAUUGGGGAUCUAAGGUGUCUGGAGACACUUGAUGUGAGAUUCACAAAGGUGAAGGAGCUGCCUCCCAGUAUUGUCAGGCUGGAAAAGCUAAUGCAUUUGCUUGCUGGGAGUGCCAAGCUGCCUGGCGGCAUCGCUGAGAUGAAGGCCCUGCAGACACUGUCAUGCGGUGGUACCACAAAGGGCUCUGUGAAGUUCAUCGAAGGGAUCAGUAAACAAGAUAAAUUGAGGGAGCUGGAACUCUAUUUUGAUGCUACUGAAACGCAUGAGAAGCGAGUCAAGUUCCCUGCUUGUGGGUUCCGGAGUGUUAAAAAACUGUGCAUCCAGUGCAGCUCACCAUCGGUGACCUUUGAGCCCAAUGCACUGCCAGCUAUCCAAGUGCUUGAGCUCAGGUUCCAGAAAGGCCUUGCUGAUCAAUCGAGUGGCGUGUCUGGCAUAGAGCAUCUGUCGAGCCUGAAGCAUGUCCUCCUCGAGUUUGAGAAGCAUGAUGCGGGCGCCAUGGCGACUGUUGAUGCAGUGAGGAACUCUGCUCAGAGGGUCCUUCCAGAUCAAUAUAUCACUAUCAAGGUGGAUGGGAACUUGCGAGGAGCUACUAAUACGUUGCAGAGCAUUGAGUAAUUACAGUUCCAAGCAAGAGGUAAGCGACACGGUUUAAUCACACAUAGUGCAAGCCGUCUGCUCAUUUAAUUUCUAUGCAUUUCCUUCAACACAUGAUGCCUUCGUGGUUUACUGAAUUGUUGAGACUUGAGAGUGUUUUGAGUCUCGUGUACACACGUGCUUUACAUUUUCGAUUUAUCUGUGUCAUCAUUUGUUUAUCAAAAGUGUGAUGUUUUGCUGCUGUUUUUCCUUUGCUUUUGAUGAUGUAAUAAGCAAGAAAGGAUGUAGGCAUUACAUGAUGAAAAUUGCUAGAACAUUUUUCCUUAAAGGAUGUAUGCAUUGGAUGAUGAAAAUUGCUGGAACAUUUUUCCUUUUA